CAUUUACAUGUACAUUUGGGUUGUGCUUCUGUAUGAAAUCCUCCUCCUCUAUCUUUUACACAAGGCUGCAGGACAAAAAAAGCUGCUAUGGGCUCCAUGGAAGAAGAACACACAUGCCCCAUGUGUCGUGACCUGUUUGGUCGAUCUCACCCCUUUCCCUGCGGCCACAGCUUUUGCCUGGCCUGUGCGCAAGAGUCCUGGCGCCAGAGUGCCGGCUGUGGCACGCGAAGAUUUGUAUGCCCACAAUGCCUGGAGGAGCAGGGAGUGGUGGUAUGUGACUGCUGUCCAGAAGACAAAGGUGAUGAGGCCCAAGCUGCAGUGAAGACCUGCUUGCGAUGUGAGGUCUCUCUGUGUGAGCAGCAUCUGCAGCCACACCUGCUGCGUCCUGCUUAUAGCACUCACCUGCUGGUGGAGCCAUUGAUGAACGUAUCCCACCGCAGGUGCCCUGCCCAUUGGGAGAUAUUCCGGUAUUACUGCAUGGAUGAUAGGGAGUAUGUCUGCUCAGACUGCAUUUUGGAAGGACGACAUGCUCAACACCAGGUCAAAGGGGUGAGAAAAGUCGAGGAGGAAUACAAAGUCAAAUUACAGAGCCUGUUUGAGAAAGCAGAAGAGAAAGUAAAGCAAGGUGAAAUGAUGCUUCAAGAACAUCAGAAUGCUUGUCGCAGCAUACUAGAGGACUCUGCUGUGAGUGAUGUCUCCCAGGUUUUACAGAUGGGCUCAGCCCUGCAGGCUCAGGUGGGCCGACUAGUGUCAGCCGUGAUAAACAUCACGGAACAGGAGAGACAGCAGGCCAUGGAGAGGGUGCAGGAAGACUGCAGCAGGAUGAGAGAAGAUCUGAACCAAACUGAGAGCAUCCACUGCUUUCUUGGCUCCCUGCUGGACGAGAGUGAUCCCUUCCUGCUAAUCUGGGCAUUCCAGACAGAGGAUUCGCAGAUGAUGGCAGAUCUCAACUCACCUCUGUUCACACCACCUCAGCCCAGCAUGGAUAAGAAACGUGUCUUAGAGAAUGUGGAAAAUAAAUAUAGAGAAUUCAUAGCUGAGACCCUGCGCAGCCUAAUUGAACUCAAGAGAGAUCUCUUAAGCAGUCCAUUAACCUUGGACAAAAACUCAGCCCAACCUCUCUUAAAUAUUUCUGAAGACCUACGGACAGUGAUGAGGGUCAAAACCCGCUUGCCUGUCCCUGAGCAUCCUGACCGCUUUGACCACUGGUCUCAGGUGGUCUCCUGUCAGAUAUUUUCUUCAGGAACCCAUUACUGGGAGCUGGAGGUGGAGGGUUUCUGGGAUAUAGCAGUGACCUACCACAGCAUUAGGAGGAAAUCAAAAGAGGGCACAGCCUUUGGCUGCAACAAGAUAUCCUGGAGCCUGACACAGCAGCAUGACAGGAAACUUGCUGCCUGGCAUAACCGAAAGAAAACCCAUCUCUCCGCAAAAAUGUCUGGCAACCAUUUGGCAGUCACUCUGGACUAUGAUUCUGGCUCCAUCACCUUUUCAGAAGUAGGAUCGUCAUCCACCCUGCUCCCUCUGCACAGUUUCAGCACCAGAUUCACCCAGCCCGUCUGCCUAGGCUUUGGCCUCUACAAACCAGAGCUGAACAGCAGGGUCACCAUCCUCAAGAAAAUAUGACUACAUUUACAGCUCAGAUUUGGGAGAAAACAGG